AUGGUAUCCCUGCAACAUCUUGGCAUGGUGAUAGUGUUGCUGCAGGGAGUAGCUUCACAAACACAGUACGGUGGCAAUUCUGUACGCGUGGUUCCUGAUCCAGCGACAGUAGAGUCGCGCGCGUUUCCCGCUCCCAAUGUGACUCUCUACAGUCCGGCUUUUGUCAUCAACUCUUCUUUUCCCAGUGGAUGGACAGAGGGCACAUCCGGUGCCACAAGCGAAUUUAAUUUACACACUUUUCUCCAGUCCUUGGCAGAGAGAAAUCCAUCAUGGAUGACUUACCAGAUAACCGACUUCGAGUCGGAAGAAGGGCGAGCCUUUCCCUAUGUGAUCCUCAGCAGCAGCAGCGCCAACUCAAGCCUAUCUUCCCUCGGCGACGGCAAGCUAAAGGUCUGGCUACAGGGUGGUGUGCACGGUAACGAGCCUGCAGGAGAUGAAGCUCUACUUGCCCUGCUCGGGAAGAUGGACGCGGAUCAAGACUGGACGGCGAGCAUCUUGGACACGCAAGACAUCGUCGUCCUUCCUCGGUAUAACCCGGACGGAAUUUCCUAUUUUCAACGAACGCUGGCUACCAAUUACGACCCGAACCGCGAUCACAUCAAGCUCGCCCGCGAGCAGACGCGGCAGAUCAAGGAGCUCUUCAGCGAGGUUGCUCCACAUAUAGCUGUCGAUAUGCACGAGUAUGGUGCUGCAACCCGAUAUGCUACAAACUACAGCAACGCAGCUGAUGGGAUGUUUUCAGCUGCCAAGAAUCUUAACAUCCAUCCCUCAAUCCGAAAUAUUUCGGAGCAGCUGUUCGCUGUGAACGUGGGUAAUGACCUCCAGGCCGCCGGACUGCGCGGUGAGCCAUACGUGACCGCCAGCUCCUCCUCAAACCCCAUCCGUCUGGCGGAGGCAGGGAGCGACGCCAAGAUCGGCCGCAAUGCGAUGGGUCUCACGCAGACGGUGACAUUCCUCUUCGAAACACGAGGUAUCGCGCUCGCAAACCAGGAGUUCAAGCGCCGCACUUAUGCAGGGCUCACGAUGGUCUCGUCAAUCCUGCAGACUGCGGCAGACAACUUUGAUGAGGUCUACGCGACGCUGGAGAGUGGCAUCCGGGAUUUUAUUGACAGUGAAGAAGACAUUGUCAUCACAGACUAUACGACGCUGCAAGAGCAGACAUGGACGAUGGUGAAUAGCAACACAGGCGACGUCGUUCAACUGCCCGUCGAGUUCGAGAGCAAUACCCCCGCCACUGCCAACCUCACGCGUUCUCGCCCAAAGGCCUACCUCAUCCCUCCUGCAUGGGCCGACCUUGCUGAGCGUCUGACUGUGUCUGGACUUGAUGUCGAAAAGCUGACAGAGGCGUAUUCCGGAAACGUACAGGCAUACAACAUUACCUCUGCCUCGCUGUCUCGGUCCUACUACGAAGGCGCGGUCCUCAGCUCUGUCACGGCUGAGCCCGUGGACAAGACCGUCUCGCUUCUGCCUGGUAGCUUUCUGGUGAGGACAAAUCAGAGGAAUGCGGGUAUUGCCUUCAACGCGUUGGAGCCGGAGAAUAUCGACAGCUAUGUUAGCUUCAACAUUGUGCCGAUGGAGAUAGGUGAUGAAUAUCCGGUCUAUAGAAUCUUAUAA